AAGAUGGCCAGGAGACUCGCCGCCUUCCUCAAGGAUGCCUGGGCCAAAGAGCCGAUGCUGGUUGCGUCCUUCACCAUCGGGGGCCUCGCUGUGAUUCUGCUCACCCUCAGUCCCUUCACCAAGUACGCCACCAUGAUCCACCAGGCCACGCCCUACAACUAUCCAGUGCCUCUCCGAGAUGAUGGGAACAUGUCCGAUGUGCCCAGCCACCUCCAGGACUCCCAGGGCCCCAGCCUGGAGUGGCUAAAGGAAUUGUGA